AUGCCCCGAUUUAAUCGACGGGAACAGCUGCCGCUCCACAUCAAGCGCGCCAUUUGCGCGCACCACGUCGAACACCCCGUCCUGCGCCAUGUCGACCUAGCUCGAUGGUGUUUCUCUCAGUACGGGUUGCGCCCGGAUCGCUCUACGAUCGGCCGCAUCCUAAAAACCGCCGAGCGAUGGGCUGUGACGUCCGACGGCGACAACCCGGUGCGCCGUCGGGGAGGCGCCUGGCCUGAGCUGGAGCAGGCCAUGGGGCGGUGGAUAGCAAACGCAGGACCCGCCGGUGGCGAGGCCGCCAGCGCAGAUAUGGCGGCCGUGCGCGACGCCCGUGAGAAGAUGCCGCGACUCCUCACGCAGCUCGGCGUCGCCCCGCGGGACACCUUCAACCUCGACGAGACUGCUCUCUGGCUGUCGGUGCUUCCGCGGCGCACGUACAGCAGCGGCCGCAUACCAGGCCGCAAGGUCUCGAAGGAGCGAUUGACCGUCGCAUUCCUCGUGAAUGCGGACGGUAGCCAUGCAUUCUGGCCGCUUGUGAUCAGCAAGGCGAAGAGGCCGCAUGACUUCCGGCCCGACUACGACCCUGAGGCGCUAUGCUACUGGCGCCAUAACGCCAAAGGCUGCAUGACCUCGCCAUUAUUCACGCAUUUCAUUACUCAUCUCAACGCGGCGAUGUUUGCCGAGGGUCGCAAAAUAGUGGUGCUGCUGGACAACGCGAGCAGCCACAUGCUGCGCUCUCAAGAUGCAUGGAGCGAGAUCGUGUGCGACGUCAGGACCACGUGCAUGAGCCACGUGCGGCUUGUCUUCCUGCCGCCCAAUACCACGGCAUUCACUCAGCCGCUUGACCAGGGCAUAAUCGCCACCGCGAAGGCCCGCUACCGCCAGCAUUGGCUGCGGGCCUUCUCGGGUUUAUGGAACGCCGACGGAGAGACUUCCGCGGUCGCUCGAUUCCGGCCGAAUCUGCGAGAUGUGCUCGGGUGGCUGUCGGAGUCGUGGACCUCCGUCGGCGCGCGCACCAUUCAACGGUGCUGGUGGCGCACGGGGUGUCUUCCCCUCUCGUGGUCACUGGAGCUGCCGCACGUGCAUGACGACGAGCCCAUCCCCGCAGCUUAUCCCGACAUCGAACUCGACGAUGACAUCGAUGAUGUCGGGACGCUUAUUAACAGGCUCGCCCUCGGGGAUGCGGCAAUGACGGCGGCGGAAUACGUCGCCAUCGAGGACGCGGAGCCCACGUGUGCGGAAGGCACGGCACACCCGCCCGUGACAGAGGAAGAGAUGCGCUUGGAGGUGGAGCUCUGGCAGGCGCCGACGACCAUGCAGGCCGUCUACGACGACGCCGACCCCGACCCCGUGUGCCGUGAAGCGCGCCGCACUGCUCGUGCGGCGUGCGAGAUGCUCAUCGGCUAUGCCCGGGCCACCCGCAUCACUCCGCGCGAUCUGUGCGCUCUUUUCGACAUCCACAAUCCAAUCAUAAUCGCGCGGAUGGAGCGGGCGAGCCCGGGAUUCAAUCUCAACGUGGCGCCGCAGCCCGUACCCUCCCCCGGCGCAACCCCCACUCCCGAGACCCCUCGUCCGCGGGGCCGUGUGCUGCCCGACUGGAUGACCCGCCCGUCCCGCCGUCAGCAGCUGCUUGAUGCCGGGGUGGGCACCGUGAUGGACGGCUAUGUGGAUGCAGCUGAAUGGAUGCGUCUGUGA